AUGAUAGAGGACCAUCAACCACAAUACAAACAUUACUAUUGGGGCAUUCCAGACUCCCCAAUAGACUGGUGCGAACUAAACUACGAUAUAUCCCCAUUCAUCUGCGAGUUCUACAACACAAUAUCCAGCUUUGGAAUCACACUGUUUGCAAUCUAUGGCGCCCUACUGCUUCUCUUCCCACUCGGCUCCAAUCUGUUGCCACACCAGAUACGCAUGGGCAACCUAAAGGCCACGCGCAACAAGGCCUUGGUGGCCUUUGCCGCCCUGUCGACGGUGGGCAUUGGCUCGGCCUUCUACCACGCCACCCUACUCUACAAGCAUCAGCUGUUUGACGAGUUCCCCAUGGUCAUCUCAGUGUGCUGCUUCCUGUACUGCCUGUUCACCAUUGACCCCGUGAGCAAGGCCGACUCCAAGUACUACAAGCUGUUCCGCUUCCUGCUGCCCUACCUGCUGGCCAUCUACUUUGUCGUGGUGGCAUCGACCAUCUACGUCAUCCGCAACAUACCCACAAUCCUGCAGGCGUCGUUUGGCAUACUUGUUGUAACGCUCGUGGCAAUCAGCGCCAUCAUCUGUCGCAGCAUCCCCGUGCCACUCAAGCAAUGCAACCCCAAGAAGCUGCUGCUGUUCGCAGCCACAUCAAUGGGCACUGCCUAUAUCUGCUGGCUGAUUGAGCGCAAGCUGUGCCAAGAUGGCUACGUCAUCCCAGGCCUGCAGCUGCACGCCAUCUGGCACAUACUCACUGGUUUGGCUGGCUUCUACUGGAUGCAGUUCUAUCUGUGUCUGUCAAUGGAGAAGAACGGCUACAAGACAUCAAUCCAUUACAAUUGGUUAGGUGUUGGUGAUGUCCGAGGAUUCAUCAAGACGUAA